GGAAGAGGGGAGACAACAACCAAUAAAAAACAGAGCUACAACACACUCAUUGUACAGAAUAAUGACUAUUAACAUGAGUGGAGGAAAAAAUUGAGUUGAGGGCAUCGUGACGUGUUUUAAAAUAAUAAUCCUAUGACAAAAAAUGAGGGACAAACAUGGAAUAACAUUUAAAAGGUCUAAUAUUCUCAUCACGUACAAACACUACAGUCUCUGAACAAAUGAUUUUUUUUUUUUUUUUUGGUCUACAUGGUCUUCUGUCUAUCAGAAUAAUUCAUCGUCAUCGCGAUUAUGAUCAGACGUAAGGCUGAAUCAGUGUCCUUAUUUGCACAUAUACAUUUCAUUUGAAGAAGACAUGAUGAAAUAUGUGUGCAUACAAGGUGCUAGUUCAUGUUUAGAGCACUAGAUUAUAUGAAAUAUGUUGAAACUGGACAUUUGGGUCCAGAACAGUAUGUAACAUAACAAAAUAUUGUAUUGUUUUUUACCCUGUCUUUCAAUAUUUAUAUUAUUACUUUAUAAAUGGGAGUAGGGCCUUUAAGCAGAUGACAUCCACUGGAGGUGGGCCUUGUAGAAUAAAGCAGUAUAAAGCUCAGUGCAGCAGCUCAGAUCCUAAGAAGACAAAAAGUCUGCCUUUUUUUUUUUCUCUUCAACAGGAAAAAUGAUUCUGCCAAGUUUGAACAUCACUCUGAUUUUUACCAAUUAUGGACCACCUGGUGCACUUAAUUAUGGAGCUUUUGUAAUCUCUCUUGCAGUCUAUCUUACAACUGUUUUUGCAAAUAUAACACUGAUGCUGGUGAUCUGCUUGGACACAUCUCUCCAUAAGCCCAUGUACAUAUUUUUAUUCAACCUGGCUAUUAAUGGACUAAUCGGAUCAUCUGCUGUACUUCCUAAAAUAAUGGAGAAUCUUGUUGAUGAUAUGAAAGAUAUACUGUAUACUGACUGUAUUCUUCAAGUAUUUUUUAUUAAUGUUUAUGCAACAUGUGCUUAUGCAAUACUGACACUUAUGGCAUAUGACAGGUAUGUUUCAAUUUGCAAGCCUCUACAAUACCACAAUAUCAUGACUCCGGCUAAAAUUAGACUUCUGCUUUUCAUUGUGUACUGUGUUCCUUUUUGCUCUUUAGCUGUACAGGUGUAUCUUACAUCGAGGUUGCCUAUGUGCAGGUAUACAAUAAACAAGUUGUUUUGUGACAAUUUGGCCGUUGUUAAUCUCUCCUGUGCCAAAAAUACCUGGGGAGAUCUGUACGGCAUUUGUCUGGUAAUUGCUUUUGUUGUUCUACCUCUAAUCUUUGUCAUCUUAUCAUAUGUGCGGAUAUUAUUUGUCUCUUUGAAUGCAUCAGUAAACGCCCAAAAGAAGGCUCUAAAAACAUGCACACCACAUUUGAUUACUUUUAUUAAUUUUUCAUUGGCCUCUCUUUUUUCUGUGAUAUACAAUCGAUUUAAUUUCGGUCUUUCAAAAGAAGUUAAUGUGUUUAUGUCGAUUCAUUUUAUCCUGAUCCCUCCACUUCUACAUCCACUUAUUUAUGGAAUUAGAACAAAGGAGAUCAGCAAUAGCCUCACAAAAAUGUUACAAAGAAAAAUAUUUGCACUUGGUUUUAAUUUAAAGACUGAACAAAGGUGUAAUGAUGCAGUUUUUAUUUCUACUAAAUAA